AAUAGGAAUCACUGUUUUCCUCAUUGGGCUGGUCGGUCCUGCUCCGUCUGGCGAAUGAUUAAGAGCGGUGAAGGUUUUUAAAAUGUAAAUGGUAUUAGAGUCAUAUAGACAAGAAGUAGGAGGAAUAAACAUUUCAAAUGUGUGGCACGAAGAUAUGUGUGAGCUUGAAGCCAUGCUGAAUAGUUAUGUGAAUGAGGAUGUAUCCACCUCAGAAUCUGAAUCAGAGAAUGAACUCGCCACCAUUCCUGGGCAGUCACCUUCUGAACUGACAAAACAGAUACCGCCUGUUUUUGUGGAGAACUCCUCUGACGUCCAUAUUGGUCCUCGCCUACAGUACAAUGGCCCAGUAACUGUCAAACAGUACAUAACAGUGAAUGGGAAAGGGAGUGUUAAGUCCUCACCUGGAAAACUCUGUAAUGAUAUUGCCAGAACUGGUACAGAACCACCAGAAGUUGUGAUUACAAAUAGUUACCAAAGCAACAAAUUGUCGAGUUUUACAUUGCAUGAAGAUGUGCUGAAUCAGAACUCCAGGGAUCAACUCUGUUCUCAAAGAUGGCCUUGUCCAACAAAUUACUACAUUUGGGGUUCACUGGUGACUGUGUUGCUUGUAAUCAUCAUUGUUACUCUUGCUGUUGUUUUGUCUGUGGCACAGUACGAAAGAAUCCUUCCCAAUAAAAUUCAGUUCCUUUGUGAAAAUGAAGAAAUAGAUGUAUAUGAAGGUUACAAGUCCAUUCAGUGGUAUGUGAACGUGACAGCGUCCUCUGAACCAAAACUUGUAUGGUAUACACCUGACUGCAAAGUAUUAGAGGAACGUGAUGGCCCAUCUAGAUAUGAAGUGUACACUUCUCCAGAUGGAGCAUCAACCAAGCUGAAGAUAUAUGACAUCUCGCUGAAGGACAGGGGCUUGUAUCGGCUACAGGCUCGCAGUGAGGAUGAAGAAGAGUGGGCCUAUUUUUCACUCAAUGUGAAAAGUAAGAAACCUCUUGAAAAGGAACGUGUUGUGGUGUGCUAUGUGGCUGAGUGGGCACACCUCAGGUUGGGCCUUGGCAAGUUCACUAUUGAUGACAUUGUCCCAACACUCUGCACCCAUCUUGUAUAUGCAUUUGCAGUGCUUAAUAUUAACAGGAAUUCUAUUGAAAGUAUGUUACCUGACUAUGACCUGAAGGACAACAAUGGCGCAGGAGCGUAUAGCAAGAUGACAUCCCUCAAACAAACGUACCCACAUCUUAAGGUACUGCUUAGUAUGGGUGGAUGGGCAGAGAGAUUGGAGAAGAACUACUCAGCAGUGGCAGAAUCUCCUGCCAGAAGAAAGGCUUUUAUCAGUAGUGUCUCCAGCUUCCUCAGAAAGUAUGAAUUUGAUGGACUUGAUCUCCACUGGCAGUAUCCAGGUCAACAAUAUGGUGGUGUCCCUGCAGACAAGGAGAAUUUUGUGCACCUAUUGAAGGAGCUGAGGGAAGAAUUUGACAAAUUUGGCUGGUUGCUGACAGCACCACUUGGAGUGAUUCCAGACACAAUAGAGCAUUCGUACGAUAUACCGGCUAUCAGCAAGUACCUAGAUUACAUGUUUGCGCUGUGCUAUGCCUACCAUGGUCACUGGGGUACGCAAACUGGACCAAAUGCACCCCUGUACCCUCUUUAUCAAGAUGAUGAGUAUACUGUGGAGUCCAGUAUUAAUAUAUUGCUCCGGAAGGGGGCUCCUGCCAGCAAGCUGGUGCUAGGGCUUCCUUUGUAUGGCCGCAUCUUCAAACUGAGGAGUGGGGAAGGAAAUGUNUGCGGCCUGUACAUGUAUAAAUACGUAAGCCAAGAUAAAUUGAUGGAGUGUUGUAUUGCUGUCAAAUAUAAAGGUUAUUCUGUGUUUCAGGAGUCCAGUAUUAAUAUAUUGCUCCGGAAGGGGGCUCCUGCCAGCAAGCUGGUGCUAGGGCUUCCUUUGUAUGGCCGCAUCUUCAAACUGAGGAGUGGGGAAGGAAAUGUUGGGUUUGGUGCACCAACUUUAGGGGCAGGAAAGCAAGGACGUUAUGUCCAGGAAAGUGGUCUGUGGGGUUACAAUGAGAUAUGCUUUGAGUUGGACAGUCCCUCCUCCAACUGGAUGAAACGCUGGGAUAAUGUUACCCACACCCCAUAUGCUUUUAAAGAUGAUGAGUUCAUAUCAUAUGACAAUGGGAGAAGCCUUACAGAGAAGGUGCAACUGGCCAUAAAGAAGAAGCUUGCUGGAGUUGUGGUGUGGUCUCUUGACACGGAUGACUUUCGUGGGACCUGUACCUUUGGUAAGAGUGGAUCCACUGGCUAUCCUCUCAUGCGGGCUAUUAACAAUGCCCUUGACACUGCCAUAUCUUGGGAUAAGGUUCCCUGUAACUCAAACUCGUCUGUAUGAGGACCGUUAAUGUGGAACCCAUUCUUUAUGGAAUUGGGACCAUGAGCUGACCAUCCGUGUCACAUCAGCAUUCACAUCCCAGCUGUAAACAAGGCCGUUUGCACGUUGACAUUGGAUUCACUGGACUACACUGCAGCACUGUGGUGUGAAGAUACCUCUGUGUUUAAAACGCCAUGACCGUUAACAUAGCUCUCUUCCCUGGAACAUUUUAAUGUGGGGCACAUCUGAAUAUUAGUCAUCACAGGAAGACAUCAACAAAAUAGAAUGCACUGUCUCAGUAGCAUUUGAGAAUUAGUUGAUUAUGUGUUAGCUUAUACUGACCUGAUGGUCAGAUUUUGGACAUUUUGCAAUAGUAUUUUAUUCCUGGACAUGUAAAGGUAUUAUUUUAUUACCUUUGAAAGCCAAUUUUUAUCCUUGAGGUUGUUUAUUUUUUAUUUUAUUUUUUAAAGAAGUGUCCAUGUUAUGUCACACUCUAUAUAUAUGUGGCAGAACAAUUUCGUCUCUCCAACACUGGAGCUCUCCUGCAGAAGUUCCUUGAUUUGGUAUGUGGAAUGAUAUCUGUGUGAAAAUAAACUUCACACCCUAAAAUGAAUGAAGUUGAUAUUACAAAGUAAUUCUCCCACUAUAAGCGUUAUACUGUAGCAUCAUAUUGUGUGUAAAACAAUGUUUAUUAUUAUUCAUAGGACACAAUUCUGGUAUAAACAUACCAUGUGUUUGUAUGUACUACAUGUUUCGUCAUGUUGCAGCCACACUCCCAAUGUGUAAACACUGGCCAGUGUAGGGAGGUAGAGCAGAUAGAAUGAAGGGUGACUGUAAAAGCUCGUUGUUGUAUCCUGCGGUUGAGGGAUAAGGUUGGCUUUGGGCGAGUGGAUCCCUUGGGAGGCAGAAUGGGGUAUACCUCUCAGCAGUUGUAAUAUAACUAAAGUUUUAUUACUAAUAAAUGAAUUACAAGAAUCUGAUGGAAACGUAGAAGUAGUUAUCUGCCUAAGCUAAGGGCAAUACUGACUCUUAGACUGAAAUACAAGUAGUCUCAACUAGUUGUCUGAUCUAAAAAGCUCUUGGGGUGUCAGUCCUUGGGGUUUUAUACUACACUUAAGGAGUCACUGCCAGAUUGUGCACAAAUAAGGUUAUAGAGAUGGUCACUUGGACUUCGCUCCCGUCUGCUGUACUAUUCCCAGCGCUGUUUGGGCCUCGCUCCAAAUGUGAUGUAGUGUCUCUGGUCACAAGUUCAAUUGAUAUCCGGCCGGCUGACAACCACUUUUGGGGAAGAAUACAGCUUAUAACAGCUCAUACAUACAUUCUGUUAAAAUAACCCAAUUCAUAUGCAAUACCUCGGUAUUUGUACCUAUUUCUACAGGUAAUUUAAUAUCAUUAUAUGUUACUAUACAUCCAUCCUAGACCCCUAUACAACAGUGUAUAUGAUGAUGGCUGCAAUAAACCGAAACAUGUAGUAUACAUUCAAAUACAUGGUAUGUAUAUACUGGACCUGCAUGGGCUGAAUAAUGAUAAACAUUAACUCUUGUCACUGUUGAUACAAAACCAUGAUGGUAUAAAAAGCAAUUGCUUAUAGCUUUUAGGUAAAAAGAAGUUAUUUGAUUAUGUUAUUUCUAGUACAAUUAUUAAUUUCUUUAUUGUGCCUCUUUGCCUUUGAUAUAGUCCAGUGUUCCAGAGCUUUUACUUAUAAUUAAAGUUUCCAGGAGUAGGCAUCUUCAUGUCCAGAGACUUAUGAUUUCCUGGAUUGCUGGUGAAGUGUCUGAUUGGACAGAUACUUCACAUUUUUACUGUGUAAAUGCAUCAUAUUUUGAAGUCAAGUGCAUGGUGACUGUCCGACCUCUAUGCAUUGGCAUUGAAUGCUGUGGUAUGCCUCUACAUGUUAUCAAGGAACCCCCUCAGUACUGUUAGAGCUCUGACAAGUUAGUAUGGUGACUGUGUUCUGCUAACGUUCUUACAGUACAUCCCUUGCCGCUGGAUAAUUUUCUACUGUUAAAUGAAGUGAGUGAAUGAUGCAUCUGUUGAUAGAUCUUUCUAAUUUUACAGUUCAUCUGAACAUUUAUCUGUGGAUGUAAUUAUUCUUUUCUUCAGGCACAUUUCUACGAAACUUAUGAGUAUACUGUUUUGAUAUAAAGGUAUGCACACUGUGUUACGUGACAUGUAUUUAUAAUACAAGCAUAUACUUGGGAAGAGACAGGCAGAAUGCCUCAGAGACAAUAAAAGUUACUCUUAAAAUACCGAAAAGUCUCACUUCGAGACUGAAAGGGGUAGGCCACAAAGUUUGCAUGAUAAGUUUUGUCCUGCAGCUUUGAUGACCUGCAUGUGUCACACAGGAUUGUAAAUGCAUGCUGUAUUCCUUGAUGUUAUGAGAGUAAAAUAAGAAAUUGGUGACAUGCUUGGGUGAGAGGUAGCCUGACAUUGGUGAUAUGGAAACAUAAGCAGGACAUGUACAUAUUGAUAAACCACCAGCAGGAGGCAACUUCUGUGAUGAUCAAUCGUCACAUAGACUACAUAACUAGAGACAACAUAAUAGCUGUUGAGUUGGGUGGAGAAUGUGAAGUGGACAAAAAAUUAUUUUUCUAUCUGUUGGAUGUAAGUACAUGAAGUACGUUGAGUGGAUGCAUCAUGCUAUUAUCCCAUAGUAGCAAAAUAGAUUGCUGAAAUUUUUUCCAAUAUUGGUUCACGAUUCGUUGAACGUGAAUAGAAGAGAGCCUGGCCCUCCAUUCAGAUUUCAAAUCACAUAUCUUGUGGCUUAACACACUGAGCAUUGGCCAACUGCAGAAUCAAACUUGUGGUGUCGUGUGCUCAGCCAGUAGAAGAGGAAUGACUGCUGAAUGUAUUUGCUCAAGGUGCAAGGUCAGCCCAUGUAUAGACUUAUAUUUUCAUAUGUAGCAUAUAAAAAUAAACUUUUAAGUGAUAAUGCCAUCAUAACAUUGGAAGAAAAACAUUUCUGGAAAUGUAAAUACUCUGUAUUUGGAUCUAUUCCAUGACUGUAUAAACAAUUUUGUAAACAUGUAUUUUUAUUGCUAGUAAUGAAAUACUGUAGAAAUUUA